GGAGUGUUUCUGCUACCUGCGACCUAAAAUCGAUUUAGCUUGGGAGAAAGCUGAAACAAUGAAAUGUGUGUCAACGAGGAGGUUAGUGACAGCUGUGUGUUUUGAUGGGUGUGUUAGUGUGUGGUUUAUGUCCGUCGUCCGUCUCCAGUUUAGGACUGGAGGAAGAUGAGGGAGCGUCUAGGUUCAGCUGAUAGUGGGAGUAAGAAGCUGAGUCUUGCAUAUUUACAUCAAUGCAAAAGCAAAAGACAAAUGGACAGGGCAAGAAAUGGAGCCCGAUAUUUUCGAAAUCCACCGCAGCCUCAUAUGUGUGUGCAAGAUUUUAUUCAUGGUUCUGAUCGACCAUGUUAUAUUAAUGUUAUGUCUUGGGUGAAAAUUGUGAUGCCACAUAACACAGAAGAUUCUAUACCUUUAUAUGGAGGUAUGCGAAUUCUUCCUGGGUCUUCCAGCCAGAGAGCACAAAAGAAGCAACCUCUCAUAUUUGCAGUGAUGGCAAAUCCUGAGAUUCUUAAAAUAAGUGGAAAGUCUGCAAAGAAUUUAUCGGAUCGUGAUGGUCUCAUUGAAGUAAUGCUGGAUUUUGUCGAGGCUAUGAAUCCAGACAUUAGGUUCAAACGGCAGUUCUCUGUACUGAAGGACAGAGAUCUGACUGGAGAACUGAAAGACAUUUGGCUGGCAGUACAUAUGAUGAGAGAGCGGGAGAGAAUGGAAGGUGUGAAAGGACGUGAUGUUGUAGGACCUGAGGGUGAAUGGUUGCAGGUUGCAUACGAGACAGAAGUGACAUUAACUGAAGAUAACCCAGGUGCAACCACAGAACCAGCUGUACAUUCUCGAGAGAAUCCCACAAGAGAGACUCUUGCAGCUGAACAAGUUUCCAAUGAAGAAUGGUUGUAUGUUUCUCGUGAAACUGAAUGUGCAAGUGGAAGACAUUUGGAGGCUGCAUCAUCAACAUAUGGGAGCAAGUCUAGACACAGAGAUGCUGACAAAAAUAUUAGUAACUCUCCACCACCCAAAGUAAAACAAAUAGAGAAUUGUCAUACUGGAAUGAAUGAAAAAUUGACUGACUGUUUCUCAGGUGUUGAUGCCACACGGCAGGUGCCCAACAGUUCUAGAACUACUGUGUGUAACUCAUCGGAAUCUCAGGGCUCGCACCAUACAUCGAAUGUUGUUCCUCAGAAUACACAUCAGGGCUUAAGCAAUAAGAAAUCUGAGUUUGAAGCAUCAGUGGCUAAUGCUCACAGUUACAAACCUAAUGAAUCUCCAGCAAAUGUAAUUCACCUUGAUCAUGAUUAUAAUUUAGUUAAGCCUUUUAAAGUGGAAGAUCGUAAUGAGAAAAGAUCUUGUAAGAAUGGGCAGAAGCGUGAUCAUCUGGUACAUGAAAAAAAGAAAAGUUCAACAGAGAAGGUGCCACUAUCUGAGCGUGGUGAUUCAGAUAAACAUAAAAUAUGUGCAAAAACGGCAGAUGGAAGUGCUAGUCACCAUACACAGUCAGAUACUACUGAGAAGUUGUGUUCAGGGAACCCCACAGACUGUAGUUCUGUUAUUAAAUCUAAAAUUUCAAAACAUGAAUCACCUACAAACACAGAAAGAAAUGAACAUUCAAAAGAGAAUUUGUGUACGGGUACAGUGACUGUUUCAGUUCCAUAGUUGAAAUUAAGACAGGAAGUUUCAUAGUUGGCAGUAUGAUACAAUUGCCUUUUUUUAAUCAGUAUUUGUGCUUUAGAAGAAUAUCACCAGACAAAUAUGAAACCUAUGUGUUGUUAGAGCUGUGCUUUUUGUAAUUAUGUAUAUAAAAUUUUAAAUUUAUAUGUAUUUGGUUUUGAAAUAAUGUUUACAGGUGGGUGGUAACAUGUUUAUAAGCUUUCUAAUUAGUCAAAGUGCUGAUCUACACCUGUUGUUGGUGUUUCAGUGUCUAUGACAGCAUUUAUUCAUUAAUACUACUCAGAAGAUAAAAUAGGAAUAAUCCAUGCUGAAUCCUACCUUCCAGUUUUAAUGACAAUUAAGUUCUUGUUAGUGGAAAAAUAGAUCAUCUAGCAGUUAGUGUGUCAACAUUAUUUACACCAUCACAUUCACAAUACCAGCAGAUGAAGGUAUGAUAUUUUAGCUGUUACUAGCUCUUAAGUGUAAUGUUGCACUGUCAUUUGUAUGUUGCUCACUUAUAAAUUUCAUCAAGGAGGAAUUAUAUUAUCAGAUGUGCUUGCUUCCGAUAUAAAUGAUGAACUUUGUCAUCAAAUGUGUGAUAAAUCACUCUGAUGGCAGGUUAUGUAGAACAGUGUUGUGCAGUAACAUGAUUUGUAUUCUGUGUGCAGUAA